AUGAAUCCCGCCAACUUCAACGCGGGCGGCGGCGUGCCGACUAACAUGGUUAAACCAGGCCAGGUGCCGCCGCCGAAGCCGGAGAGCUCGCAGGUGAUCAUGAAUCAUGUCGCCCAGGCGCUGCACAAUCAGGGAACGUGGACGGGUUGGAAGGCCGAAGUCCCGAUCAAGGUCCGCGCGAUGAAUGUCUACCAGAUGAUUACCUCCCUCCGCCUGAUCCAACCCCGUAUCGACCUCCAGUCAGCGGCGCAGGCUGCACUGAGCUUCGAACACAAGGCGUUCCAGAAAGCCGCUGAGAAGGUUGACUACGAUCACGAAUGCACCGAAAAGCUCCUUCAUAUCAAAGACACCCGACAACGGCAAGCCGCGGUCGCAUACCAAAGUGGGAUGAUGCCCCAAGGGGGAAAUGUGCCCAACCAGAACCAGGGCAAUUUCCAACAGCAGCAGAUGAACCAGGGCCUCCAAACGUCUCCUAUCCCUGGUCAACAGAACUUGAUGAUGGGGAUGAACAAUAUGAGCCAGCAGGCAGCGAUGCAACAGCGCCAGCAACAACAGUCCGCGAUGAUGCAGCAGCAACAGCGGGCGCAGCAGCGCCCCCAAAAUGGCGGCGUUCCACUCCCAGAUGACCUCAACACGCUCUCGGCCCAAGAAUUCGAGCACGUCUCUCGCAUGGCAAAUCAGAUGCUGGCCAAGACCUCCCCGGAGGACAUGGAGAAGAUCAAGUUGAACCUCUCCAACAUGACUCCGGACCAGCGGCAGUAUCUCGCUCGAAAGCAAAUGGACCCAAUGACCUAUUUCUUCCGCUCUCAGGCGCUGAAUCAACUGAGAAGACAUCGCCGCCAACGAAUGGAAAUGGGCCGAGACCCCAAUAAUCCUAAUAACCCUGCAAUGAUGGCCAACGAUCCGAUGAUGAAUCCUCAGCAGCGUCAAAUGUUCCAGAACAUGAUGAAUCUUCAGCGCAACUCGGCGUUCCCGGGAAACCAGGGCCAAGGCCAAGGGCAGGGUGUCGAAUCGUUCAUUGGCAAUGUGGAGAACAUCCAGGGGCAGCAGGCAGAUGGUUUGCGCUCACAGGAAGCUGGUCAGCUCGUGGUGCCUGCCAGUUCGACUCAGAUCAGUCAGGCACCUUUCCCAAACAAUCAAAACAUGUUUUCACAGCAGCAACAGCAACAACAACAACAGCAGCAGCAGCAGCAGCAGCAACAAAACAUGAACAACCCCCAGUUCCUUGCCCAGCAGCACCUGCAGGGUGGCGCCAAUGUCCCCCAGGAUCGAGCGCAGUAUCAGGCUCAGGCCCAGGCUCAGGCACGCGCCCAAGCUCAGAAAAUGGCCAUGUCAGGGCAGAAUGCUACCCAAGCGCAGGCACAGCUCCCACAGCAAAGCCCUGUCAUGCCGAUGCUGAAUCAACCUAUGGCUCCGGGCCAGAUCUCUCCAACCGGUCAGAUGCCCUCUCAAGCUCGACCUCCUUCUCGACCCCAACAACCGGGCAUGCAAAAUCGGCCGCAAAUCCCCCCAGGUCUUCCGCCGCAGGUUCAGGAACAGCUUUCUCAGAUGUCAAAUGAGCAACUGAACAAUUUCUUGAUGAACCAGCGACGUGUCGCCAUGGCGAACAACAUGGCCCGAGCGAAUGCCGCUCAGCAGAACAUCGGUCAACAGCCAGGCCAGGGCCAAAUGAUGAACGGUCAGAUGGGUAACAACCUCAGAAUGCAAGGAUCUAUGAAUAUGGCGCAGGGAAUGAACCCAGCCCAGGGCCAGCAACUGUCAGCACAACAGAGACAGCAGCAGCAACGCCAGAGUGAGUUCUACAAGCACCAGCUACUGCGUCAACACAACAAUGGUGGGGAGAUGAGUCCCGAGCAGGCAAAGGAUAUGGAUCGCACGUAUUACCCGCCAUCCAUUCUGAACAACACUCAAGUACCAGUUCCGAAACACAUCAAGACUUGGGGACAGUUGAAGCAAUGGGUCGCUUCGAACCCACAGGUGGCCAAUGGUGUGGAUCUACCCAAGCUGAUGAUGCUUCAGAAACUUCAUCUCGCCCAGAUUGUCAAUGCUCGGGCGAAAGACCCUAAUGCUCAGGUACCAGCCAACAGUUUCCAGGGCCAACCUGGCCAACCGGGCCAGAUGCCGAACGCUACGGGGUUCCCACCUGGUCAGCCACAGCCGCCGGUUAAUAUGCCUCAGAUGCGGCCAAUUACCGCCCAGGAAAUUCAGAUGGCUCGCGCGAAGUUGGGACCGCAAGCCGCCAGCUUUACCGAUGCGCAGAUCCGCGAGCUGCUAAACCGGAAUCGCCAAAAGCAUCUUAUGCAGGCGGCGCAGGCCCGAGCUGCUCAACUUGAUGGGAGUAUGCCGCAGACUCAAGGUGCUCCGCAGCCCCCGAUAUCCGCACCUCAAGCCACACCGCAAGCCAAACCACCGAGUGCUCCGCCGCAGCCUCAACCGACUCCUAGUGGCCCGCAAGUGUCAAAUGCGAAGGGCCAGGCGGCAACAACCAAGAAGACAGCCGCGAAAACAAACGCCAAGAAGAGGGCUCAUGCAGAUGAUACUCCCGACACAACCCCACAACAGCCUCAGCCCGCGGCCGCUCCACUUGCACAGCCAACCGGACCUCCCAAGCCGAACAUGCCUUUGACGCGUGAACAGCUUGCGGCGAUGCCCCCCCAGCAGCGGGCCCAGAUUGAGGCCCAUCUGCGGAAACAGCAGAGUCAGGCACGCGGUCCAGUUCCCAGCAGGGCGGCUGCGGAAGAGGCCUGGAACAACAACUUGCCUCCGAAGGUUAUGGAGGUCUACAAUGAAAUCUCAAAGAACGCACCAUCUACGCAGCCUAUCGCUGUUUCCCCAGAACAGAAGGCUGCCAUGAGCCAGCAGCUGCGUGAUUCUUUGGACGUGCUGGGUAGAUUGGAUACUUUGGUGCAAUGGUUUGCAAAGAUGCCGGGCCAGGAGAAGAACGUCCGGAAUCUGCUUGCCAUGCGCAUCCAACUCAUGCGGCAAUUUAAGCCCUCUCAGGACUGGGUGGUUAAUGAUCAGUUUACCGUCACUCCAGAUUAUGUGUCUGGUGCGGUCCUUUUCAUCCGGAAGCUGUUCCAUGCGAUGAUUGCCCGUGUCAGCCAGCAGCAGAAAAACGCUUCCCAGGCUUCCGCCACCACUGCGCAGAAUGCGCAAGCCAACAUGCCCGCGCUGAACGCGAGUAACUUGCAACAACUGCAGCAACAGGAAGAGGCUCUCCAGCGCGCUCGACGUGCCUCAAGCCAGUCGGGUGCUGUUGCACCUGCGCCGUUUGGAGCCCCAUCUCCCCAGGGAGUUCCUCAUGCCUACGGACCGGGCGGACUCUCCCAGGAAAAACUUAAGCUGCCCCCGCCCAAGAAGAGAAAACAAUCACAGGCCGGUCCCAGUGCCUCGCCUGUUCAAAAUGUCAGCGCGCCGCCCGCCGCUGCCGCCAAGUACCAAAAGGCGGUUGCGGAGGCAAAGUCCACAGCCGCAGCCCUCGCGGGUGCUUUCAAGUGCAGCGUGCCCGAGUGUCAACACCACUUCCAGGGCUUCGCCACUCAAGCUGCUCUGGACAAGCAUAUUGAGGAGAUCCACUUGCCGGAGGUCGAGAAUAUUGACGACCCUCUUCAGUUUGCGCUCGACAGCUUCGCAAUUGGCCUCGAGACUAAGACAGACGAAGUCCAGCCCGGGACUACCGUUGUCCCUGCGGUAGCCACCAGUAAGGCUAUGGCUUCUCCGGCGAAGCAGGGGAUCGCUACUCCUGUGACUGCCAACACUACACCACUUGCCCGUGUCACGAGCCAAAUCGGCGCAAAGCCCUCUCCGGCGGUCUCUGCCCAGCAGCUCACUCCGCGGCAGCCGCCUGGCAAGACUCUUGGUCCUUCACCUGCGAAAUCGUCGCCUAGCAAGGAUGAGAAGAAAGAGCCCGAGGCCGAAGCGAAAGAUCUCUGGGCGGAUUCUGCCAUUUCCCUGGAAACGCUCCACGAUACCUUCUCCAAUUUCCAGAGUACGACGCUGCCUAGCCUGGGCUACGAUCCGUUUGAGGAGUUCCUGAAUGCAGACAUGUUCUCGAAGGGCCAGGAAGAAGAUACCCCAGACUCCUGGGAUAUCAACCUGGCGACGCUGACUCCUCCGGAAGGCGGCGAACCCAAAGAGCCGGUGAUUUUGAGUGGUUUCGAUGGAACAUGGGACGACGCGGCUAUCGAGGCGACCGCAGCGUGGAUGGAUAUCCCGGAAGAGAUCCAGAAUAAUGAUGAUGAUGGGAUCAAGGGCGUGCGGAUUGAUUGGGAUCUUCUGGAACGGCAGAAGAAAGAGAUGAUGAAUCUUGACAACAGCGGUAUCACCAUCCCCGCCAUAUGA